AUGAGUUUCCACUUAUUACGUUGCCAGUACUGGACUGUCAGCAGGAAGAGAAGGGGGGAGGAGACAGAGAGCAGUUGAGAAAGGUAAUUCCAGAGAAAGCUCAUUCACUUCAACCGCAGCUGACAAAAAAAACAAGCGCAGUUCAUCACAGGCUGGACAAACAGAGCUCUUGCUUUCUGUCAGUGGGAUAAUGGCCUCCAGGGCUUUUCUAAAAGACACAGGUAUUCUGCAUCUCCUCCUGUUAGGACUAAUUCUGCCAUCAGUAUUAGUGUCGGGUGUAGGGGCUCAAACCACUUCAUUGUCCUCCACUUCUUCCACUGCUGUCUCGCUGUCCGUCACAGCAGCCUCCACUACAGCACCUGCAGCCACAGCAGCAACCACCCAGCCCCCGACUUCCAUGUCUUCUGCAGCCACUACUCCAUCUGGAACCCAAGCCUCUACUACCACCGCCACCACCGGAAACCCAGCAACCACAUCGAGCAUGCAGGCCCCCACCACCACCUCUGGAAGUGCUACACCUACCAUGCAGCCCUCUUCUUCCACCACCUCUGGAAUCACAACGACCUCAGUCAACACCCAGUCCACUAUGAUGACCACUGGCAGCACAGCUGGUUCAACAACCAUGACCCAGUCAAGCACCACCAUGACAGGCUCAACUUGGAGCACUUCAUCUUCCUCCAUGUCUUCAAGGCCUGGUUCCACAACUUCAGUCAUGUCCACCAGUGGCAUGUCUGUAACGAAUGGAACCAAUAUGCCAAAUACUACUUUAAUGAACAUGAUAUCCUGCCCCUCAUUCAUGUGUAACUACUCUGACUGCUACUCAAUGUACACUAGUCCGAAUGCCACUUCAUGCACUACUGGUGACUACUGUCAGCUGUUCAGGCAGUCGGACAUCUACUACAUUGCUAGCUGCAGCGCCUCUUGUGCUGAAAGCUGCGUCAACUCCUCUCAGACCAAUUGCUCUGUGAACUGCUGCAAUUCUACUGGCUGCCUCAAUGACAGUUUUGCAGCCAUGAUGAUAACAACUACAGCUGUUGCAGCCACAGCGACACAAAUGACACCAGUCGCCACAACUACCACCAGUCCACCAACAACAGCAAACAAUGCAAACAAAUGCCAUAAUGGUACCUGUUCUGGCACAGAAUGCUACAAGAAUUUUAAAAAUGCAGCACUCCAAACAUGCUCCGGCACACAGCCACAUUGUCAGCUGAAAAAGGAAACCAUAAAUUCCGCUUUAACAUGGAAGGCAGGUUGCACCAACUGUACUGGCUAUACUGCAUGCAAGACAGGUACAAAUCCUCCAUGUAAUCUGGAGUGCUGCAAUGCCACCACGACAUCCUGCCUGUGGUUGAAUGGCACACUGAACGUUCCCUCUUUCGCCACAAGAGGACCUGAUCUUCACACAGAACUGAUUGCGCUCUUACUUUGCCUGCUUGUAAUCACUAUAUCGCUGUGAGUGAUGCCAGGAUAGCUUUUUCAGCUAUUGUCUGAGUCAUUAGGUAACCACAGCUUUGUGUAACUCCCAGCCCAUUCAUUUAAAAAACAGUUACCAGUGCAGAGGUUAACACUACUUCAUUUCCACUCAUGCAUCUUGCUGAUAUUCAUAUGUGAUUGUAUGUAUGGAAAUCUGAAAAGCGUCAGAUACAAGUUGGUACUGAUGCUAUAUAUGUAUCAGUUUUAGGAAUUAAGAAAAACAUGCCAGCACCAACUCAGUCUCCAUGUCAGUUCAUAUUUAGGGCCCAAACUUCCAUUAUAACUAAUAGAUUGAUAUUUCAAAAUAUAAUCACAGUUGCAUUUGAAGAAAUAAAUAUAACUUGCUAAAUACCCUCUAGUUUGUUUUAGCAAUGACCUUGCCCAUUUAAUGUAAAAAAAAAAAAAAAAAAAAGCCAAAAACAUUUUUUUUUGUCUGUCAUCCCACUUUAAACUGACUUUAGACUAAUCUUAAUUUUAGGUGGGUGAGUGAGCUUAAACAUGGCAUUUCUGUUAUAAAUGUUUUAUCAUGCCACUGUGGGAGUAAUGCAGCUAUGCCUCUAUAUGCACUUUAUGAAACAUAAAUAUUGAGCUGAUACAGGGAGUUUUAAAGGUUUUUAUGAAGCAUUUCUGUAGUUUUGACUUUAAUAAAAUGUGCAAAUAAGUACUUUUCGCUAUUUUUGUGACUAGGGAGUUGGAUGUCUAGACUGUGUGGUUUACAAAGUUAUAUUUUAUGGCAUAAUGGUGUCAUGUAAAUGCUAAAUGAAAUCGGAAAUGUGUCAGUUUAUUCUAGUUUUGUGUACUGUACAAAAUAUGAUUUGUGCCUUACAAUAAAUGAAUCUAAUCUAUA